AUGAUCCGAAAUGUGAUUGUGGUACAACGUGCUUUACGUCACCAUUCGUGUUCAUGAACCCUUCGUUGGCCGUCCGGGACAUCCGCAACAGUUCCGCGUAUACACCCCGGCACUCUGUCCAUGUACACGGCAUUCGCACGGCCCCUGUCCAAAUGUCGGCCCGGUUCCGCGCAUCGACAAGUAUCGCGCUACAUGCUUGACUGUGGCAUUUCCAGACUGGUGGAAGCGACCUGACGAAACGGUACUCUUCGCCGUGGUCCGACCUCAGCAAGGCCGCCCUGUUGCUGCCCAAAUGAGUGCGCAGUCUGGUGACUCACCCGCACAGGAAGCCCCGGUCUCGUGUGUUCUCUAUGGGCAGUUACCGCUCGGCAGGAGAGUGGUGUUACGUCAAAGGCAGGAGAAGGCGCGAACUUUGAAUAGCGCAGACUCCGACGUGUGGCUUGCUGCUACCGCCCGUGCCGCUCGUGGUAGCCCCCCUACGCUCUAUAGGCGACAUCUUCCCCCGCCAGCCUCCUCAUCUCAGGCCUCGUUCCGCCAAAAUUGCGCGGCACGGGCAAAUCAUGCUGGGCGGCAGGUCGGGGUGCGCGCCCGCUGGGCCGUUCUCCUGCGUCGACUUUGGCAGGGCCACUACCGUCCUGCGCGUAUCUCUGUUAGGAGCACGCCUCCUGUUUAACUUCAUCUCUGGCUUCUCCCUAUCUUCGGACGUCGAGGCGUCCGCGCAGAACCACCUUGCCGCUCUGCCUGAACGCCCGCUCGGCCGCGCUGUGCCUCGCAAGCCGAUGCCGGCGCGCGAGCCCAUUCUCGCGACCCCCUCCGACGAGCUGCGCUCCUCAUGGUUCCGCCGACCGCGCUUCCGCCGACCUACUUGA